AUGGGUCAAACGGCAUCCACCCCACGCCCAGGCACAACCUUUCAAGUCAUCGGCGCAGGAUUGCCCCGAACGGGGACUGCCUCAUUCAGCAAUGCAUUAGAAAUCCUCUGUGAUGGACCGGUCUUCCAUUGCGGGACGCAAGCCACACUAGGCCCGACGACCCAAAUCAAGCAAUGGAUGGAGAUUCUACGGCGCUGGCUCGCCGGGGGCGACUCCGAUCGAAGAAUCAUGUUUGACGUUCUAAAGUGUCAGCUAGACGGGUAUGCGGCCGUGGCCGAUUCCCCGGGAGCCCAAUUCAUUCCCGAGUUAAUGGAACUAUACCCCGACGCAAAGGUGAUAUGUACCAUUCGGGAUCCCGUCGCGUGGGAACGGAGUAUGGAGCAAGUUCGGAAUGCGACCGUCCCUUGGUGGCUCCAUUUGGUUCUGUUGCCGUUACCCGGGUUGAUGUAUUUCAUCCCUUAUUUGCGUCUUCUGGCGGCUCAGUGGGAGAGAUUGUAUGGGGAGGCUAUUCCCACGCGGCACACUUAUGAUCGCCAUAUUGCUUGGUUGAAGAUGGUCGUUCCGGAGGAUCGAUUGGUCUUUUUUGAGGUCAAGGAUGGAUGGGGCCCUUUGUGUAGGGCUCUGGGAAGGGAUGUUCCCCAGGAUCGGCCGUUCCCUCAUAUUAAUGAUUCUGAUGCCAUUGAUGAAAUUUCUAGGAUGCAUGUUCGACGGGGUCUUGCUCGUUGGGCAGUCAUUCUUGCUGUGGGCGCUGCUACUGUUGCGUGGGUUGUGCGCCGGUAG